UGAGGCUGGACCAAAGGUCAAGGCCGUUUCAAACUGGUUCCAUUGCCGGUUCGCGACAAACUUGAUAACUUGAUAGACGGGAGUCCAGCCAAGAGCAGUGCUCGACGUUGGUCACACGGUGUAGUGAGGAUGAGCUUUCUUCUUCCUAAACUUAGUACGAAGAAACAGGUCGAUCAUACAAUAAAGACCACAGAGGAUCUAGUUUUGGUUUUGCGGUUUGGGAGAGAUGAUGAUCAUGGUUGUCUACAGAUCGAUGAUAUCCUGGCCAAGGCUGCCCCUGAACUGGCAAAGAUGGCAGCUAUUUACCUGGUCGAGGUGGAUGCAGUGCCAGUAUAUCGGACCUACUUUGAUAUCACUCUCAUCCCUGCAACAGUCUUCUUCUUCAAUGCUCAACACAUGAAAGUGGACUGGGGGAGUCCAGACAACACCAAGUUUAUUGGCAGUUUUAAGAAGAAACAACAUUUUAUAGACGUAGAGACGGUGUUCCGAGGAGCCAUGAAAGGCAAAGUGAUGGUCAGGAGUCCUCUUGAUCCCAGCGAUAUCCCGAAGUAUGAUCUCAUCUAUAAGGACAUAUGAUAUGUGGAUUUGUGGAGAUGACAAGGCUAGAUCUGACAUGAUGGGAUACUUUCCAACCAAUUGGAUUUGUGGAGAUGACAAGGCUAGAUCUGACAGGAUGGGAUACUUUCCAACCAAUUGGCCAGGUCAGAUGGCAGCUGUAACCAUGGUAACCUCCAUGUGCAAGAGAAAAUGGCAUGAUGUCCACGUGUCUUGUUUCUAACGGGAGGACCGGGUGGUGGGGCAGACUUGUGUUUAAAACGUUCACUCAUCAUGUUGAAGACCCGGGUUCGAUUCCCCACAUGGGUACAUUGUGUGAAGCUGAUUUUGGAUGUCCCACACCAUGAUAUUGCUGGAAUACUGCCAAAAGCAGCAUGAAACCAACUCACUCACUCAUGCAAGGACAAUUGCUGUUUUGAAGUAGAUGGACAAUUUGUAUUGACUGUGUGGGGAGUCCAUGGAAGAAUUGGUCCACACUGCCUAUACUUUGUUAAAGAAGGUGACCAAAAGUAGCACCUUGUGGUUACAAUGUGUGACCUGAGUGUGAUACGUUGCUCAUGCUAUCAGCCUCUGCUCUGUCUGGUCUCCUUACAAGUUACAUUACACAGCAUUGUGACAGAGCUUAAGUAUUUGUGAUUGUGGCAAAAAGAACAAUGCAUCUGUGAAAAGCAGAACAGAACCCGUUCUCUGGGUCCAUGUAUUUUAUGAAUACUGAAGACAGUAGACCCUCAACUACCUUGGCUACAUCUGUACACAACCGGAAGGGGCUUCCUCGCCUAGUAAGAUGCGAUCGUUUAUGAGUUGGCUAAUUAGAGCUGGACAAAAACAAUGAGCUCUGUGGUCAAACAAUGUGCUGAGCUCACUGGCUAAAACAAAGGGCCUGCCUUGAGCGCAAGAUGAAGUAAUAAGAGGAGCAUCUCGGGGCAUCUCGAAGUAAUUCAUUCUGUCCUGUUAUGGUUCCUUUAUGAAUUUCUAGGAAAUAAAAGAGAUAUGAAGCUAAGACCUCAAAUACAGAUAUGAAAAUACAAGAAAUGUGACAUGAGAAAUAACUUCUUAAUGAGGAAUGUUUACAAAGUUUUCCUAGUCCGGACAGAAUUUGCUGAAGGUAAUGUGAGCAAAGACGUGUAACUGAUAACUACUUAACAUAUCUAAUAACAGUUAUUUUGCUAGAAGCAGAGGGUAUUUGAACAUUUUCUCGAUUUUGUCAGUUUUCGAAAGGACUUUCUUUUACAUCAUUAACAAAUGUAUUAAGACCCUUUGGAUUACAUUUAGGGUUACAAUCCUUCAUUGUUCCAGAAAAUUAAUGGAUCUGAUUCCUAGCCGAAGAAACAGGAAUCACAAAGUGAGUGUGUGAGUCAAAAUGUAAGGUCACAUGGGCAGUAUUUUAGCCAUAUUAUGACAAGGAAUCACAACGACAAGAGAGAGGAGACUCUUGUAAUUCUAUUGAUAAACAAUAAAAUGCUUUCUUCCAGUU